AUGGAACUUUGUUGGUUUGGUGUAAAUCCAGGAGAUUGCCAUAAGACAUCAUAUGUGCGGAGAACUGGUUUGAAAAAUCUUGCAGAUUUCACAGAUGAGGAACGGAAUCUCCUUCUGUGGAGAGGAGGAAAGAGGGAAUGUGUCACUGAUGCAGAACAAUUACAGAUAUGCUACCACCACAAUGCAAAACUAGGAACAAUAUUUGAGAAGAGGUUUACUAAAUGCUGCAAUUUGUUCAAAAUUCACAAGCGAAAUGUUAAAGGUGGCCAUAAAAUUUCAUUACACUUAGCAACAAAACUUGUUGACCUCAGAUAUGAAUGUGUUCCCGGUUGGCAGCUUUGCAGGACAUGCUAUGAUAAUGCGCAAAAAGAUGAAACUAUUGUCGACAAGGAGACCUCGCAAUCUGAACAUGAACCGAAUAAGUUAGAUUCAACGACAACAGAUUUUUCAACAGACGAGAUUGAUUCAGAUGAAGCAAGAAACCUAUCAAGAGAUAGCUUGAACAGAAGUCUUGAGUCGAUUGGAGGUUCACCUAUCACAACACACAGUAUGCCAAAGCAUCGCAGAGUAUCUUAUGUUAAUGAGAAGAUAGACAGAACUGUAGGCUGUCUUAAACGAUCAUUUGCAGCAGCUGUUGGUGUGGAAGAAAGUAGUUUGGUAGCAGAAAACGAGAAGUGUUCAAAAGGGUCGGUAUCUGAAGAAAUGAAAAAAAAGGCCAGUGACCUUGACAAGCUGACGGAGCAAAUGCGAGAAAAACUGACAUUAGGAACUACCACAUCUGAAGAGAAAAUUAAGAUCCUUACUCUCACGCCUGAGUCUUGGUCAAUCCCAAAAGCAGCCUCGUAUUUUUGUGUGUCUGAAUAUUUAAUUAGACAAGCUCGUGAAUUGAAGAAAUCUCGUGGUAUACUUGGUACCCCUAAUAAAAACCAUGGUAAACCUCUCCCAAUAAGCACAGCAGAGCAA